CGACCAGCCGCGACCACCAACGCCAAAUGGAGCAUGCGACUUCCAUGGUUAGUGUACCCCUCUUUUGCUUUUCAUAAAUACUCUCGUUCCCCUACACGGACACAGGUCGUCCAGGUAGAUAUGCUGAUGCCAUGCAAAAACGGAACAGCGGAAAGGGAUUAUUGGUUAGGAGGGACAGUCACAUGCGGCUCGGAGCUCUUGCACACCGUCCUGUUCAAGAUGAGGGACCAUGAGCACUUGGUCACUACCAUGCAGAAGAGCAUGACGGGAAGACAACCUCUUCGAGUACGCGAUUGCAGAGGGUAUGCAGCGGGCGCGACACAGGGAGCAGCUCUCAGAGAGGGACCUGAAGGAGCAAGCGCGGGAUCCGCUGCCGUUUGUAGGGGAUCUGGAGCCGGAAGCACACGGAUCUUGUCCUCCGCUGGCGUGGACUUUCAUAUGGAAGGGGACCUACAGCAAUCUGUACGGCGAGCAUCUCGAGGGUAAGAUACGUCGCUGGGGUUAUAUCAUGUGGGACGCUGCCAGGCUUGAGACGGAAAGGGGGGAAAGCCCUGCUAUUGAGGCAAUGGGGCACUGACUGGGAUCCACGAGGAAUGGCAUUCUAAAGUAUGGACUAUGGGUUACGUACGUACAAUAGCCGUCGUGACCGCUAUCCUUCCCAAGUGCAUCUUCUGCCGUAGAGCGCUCAUCCUAUCGCUCUCAUUCUAACGGGCUCGUACGGCUGGUCCGGCUACGGGAUACG